AUGCCAGCUCAUGCCAGUGGGGCCGAGUCUCCCCGACAGCGUCGAGUUGGGGAGCAUUGGAGUGGGCAUAACCCCGUCCCUACCAUCCAAAAAUUCCUAGAGAUCCUUGAAAAGGAUAAGCAGGCUCGGAAAGCACAUGAGGAAUCUCUGGCAGCGAGAGAAAAGGAGGGAGAGAAGCAGAAGAAGAGUCGGAGUAAGGAGGAAGAGGCGAAAGGAGAGGAUAAAGGAGAGGGCCAUGGAGAGACAGUGCCUCAUCGACCCCGAAAAGUGGGCAAGGGCAGGACUCGUGUGGUGACCGAUCCGACAACAGGCAGAGACAUUGAGGUUGAGGAUCUGGAUGAAGAUUCAAUGGAACCGGUGAAAAAUCCAAAGCUGGUAGUCCCGAAUGCCAAUCUCGGACGACCAACGCCAUGGAAGGCGGUUCAAACAGGCCCCCACCAGAGUCUAUCUGAGUACAAGGAAAACCAGGACAUCACGGCACCACCCGAUCCUAUCGCAGAAGGUACAACCUCCGAUGUCCCCAUCCACGGGGAGAGAACAAACAUUCUAUUCCACCCUACACCUUCUAUCACAUACCAACCUAUGUACAAUCAAUUGCACAAACGGGGAGCGGAUCUGUGUAUUGGAAUAGUAUUCGGCAUUAUCUUCGUAGGUCGUAUCUUCGGCGGCUCACUAUGGGGUCUCCUACCGCUGGCCGCCUGCGUCGCCAGUGGAGUGUGGCUGUGGGUUCAAGAAGUGGUCCGGAGUGGUCGUGAGAUGGAAUGGAGCAGCGAGCAGCUUCGAGGCAAAAUGGCUACGGCGAAUUUACUACCCGAGUCCGUUGAAUGGAUGAACAGCUUCCUCGGUAUUAUCUGGGGCCUGGUCAACCCGGAGAUGCUGUCGCCCAUUGCCGACACCAUCGAAGAUAUUAUGCAAGCGUCCGCGCCGGGGGUAAUUGAGAACGUCCGUAUCGGUGAGAUUGACCAAGGAAAUAACCCUCUACGGAUUCUAAGCCUACGGGCACUUCCGGAUGAGCAUGUGCAGUAUCUUAAGGAGAACAUCCGCGAGGAGAAUAUUAAGAACAAAGAUCCCGAAGAAGCGGCUGCCUUAGAAGAGGGUGGCAGUCAUUACAAUAUCGAGAUUUCGUUCGCAUAUCACGCGGCGCCGAGUGGCAGAACGGCUUCGUCAAAGGCACGGAACAUGCACAUGCAGCUCAUAUUCUACCUGGGUAUCAGGGGUCUUUUCGGGGUCCCAUUUCCUGUGUUUGUCGAACUGAUUGAGAUGGUGGGCACGGUGCGCGUGAGACUGCAGAUGAUGCCGGAGGCCCCAUUCAUGAAAGACUUGACUUUCAGCCUGGUGGGCAUCCCCCAUAUCAAGGCUGGUUGUAUGCCUAUGUUUAAAACGGGUGUCAACAUCUUGGAUCUGCCACUGAUCUCCAACUUUGUCAACUCUGCCAUUGGCACCGCGUGCGGUCUCUUCGCAGCCCCCAAGUCAAUGACGAUGGAUCUCGGGAUGAUGCUGAAAGGUGAUGAUAUCGCCAAGGAGACACAUGCUUUGGGCAUUAUGUGGGUUCGUAUCCACCAUGCUGUUGGACUAAGCAAGCAGGACCGGCGUGGCAGCUACGGCGGCGGCAGCGACCCUUACAUCAAUCUCUCAUUCUCCAAAUAUGGCAAACCUAUGUACUGUACGCGGGUUAUCACGGACGACUUGAACCCGGUUUGGGAAGAGGCAGCCGCUUUGCUCGUGACGGCGGAGCUAAUCAAAGCCGACGAGAAUCUGAGUGUUGAGCUAUGGGACUCGGAUCGGCACACAGCAGAUGACAUCGUUGGGAAGGUUGAGCUACCUAUUCGAGAAAUGAUUAAACACCCGGGCCGGAUGUAUCCCCAAGUCUCCAAAUUGCAGGGACUUAGCGAGGGGAGCGAAAUGCCAGGCGAACUGCACUGGGAAGUGGGCUUCUUUGGCAAGCCCAAGUUGCGACGGGAGCUGAGGACCGAUGGCAAGAAGAAAGAUCUGCCGCCGAACUUGAAGGAUAUCCCCGAGUUCCAGGAUGACAAGGGCGUCAUUUCCAACGAGGAGGAAGACGCCGUUGCGUACACACCGCCAGAUCCACUCUGGCCCAGUGGGAUUCUGAGCGUCGUUGUACAUCAGAUAGUGAAUCUCCAGCUGGCCAAUAUCAAAGGAAGCCACUACUCCAACGAAAAAGAAUAUGAGCCAGCUAAGCCAUAUGGAGAGAACACGGAAGAGGAAGGCAAAGAGCUGCCGACCAGUUACUGCAAGAUAAUCCUCAAUGACCAAUUGAUCUACCGCACCCGAGCCAAAGCCGUCAGUUCGAAGCCGAUCUUUAAUGCCGGAACUGAAAGGUUCGUCCGCGACUGGCGUUCGGCCAUCGUCACCGUCACCGUGCGAGAUCAGCGGUACCGGGAGCACGAUCCGAUCCUAGGAGUGGUGCCACUGAAGCUCUCUGACCUCUUCGAGACCAGUUCGCAGGUCACCCGGUGGUAUCCUCUGGAUGGCGGCGUCGGCUAUGGACGCAUCCGAAUCUCGCUUCUCUUCCGCCAUGUCGAGACCAAGCUACCCCCUACCAUGUUGGGAUGGGACGUGGGUACGUUCGAAGUCGCCUCGGACAAGAUCACCGUGCGAGGGUUCAACCAUCGAUCCAAGAUCAAGCUGCGAACCGGCGGCAGCAACGGGGAGAUCACCCGACACGUGUGCUCCGUCGACGGAGAGGACCUGUCGUUCGAUCUGAACGCCUUGCGUGGUGGCAUGCGCCUACCAGUCAAACACCGUUACCGGUCCCCUGUGGUCUUUGAGCUACACAAGCAAGGGAAGCAUCAAGCGGCCGGGUUCGCGGCUCUGUGGCUCCAACAUCUGGUAGACAACGAGGACACCCCCGUGGAUAUCCCGAUCUGGUCGACCAAGAACGGGAGGCGGUUGACACAGAACUACAUCACCGAGAGUAACUGGGAGAGCAAACGCGAGCCGGGGCUUGAAGACAUCCAACUGAUCGGCCGAGUCCAGUUCACCGCCCGGUUCACCCCAGGCAUUGACGAGUCGCAUGAGCGUUUCGUCGUGGACAACCAUUCCCGCGAGACAUUCGAGACGUGGGAGGCCUGCAUUGCGGAAGGCGUGCGGACCCGCAGUGUCUCCGUCGAAGUACCAGAAGAUGUUGAGCGCAUGCACGAGCAGUCUCUGAUUGACGGACGUGACAUAUUAAAACACGCCGAUGCCAAAGAACGUCGACAAUGGCUCGACAAGCAGGGACAGGACCAGAGCGGUGCGUUCGGCCGCGAUCCUGGUGCCUACGUCGACGAUCAGAGCAAAAAGGUCGCCGAACCCGAAGCCGGGCGCGAUGAACCACCGCUUCACCCAAUAAGUCCCUCGGCUUCCGCGAAGGUCGAACGCACUGGCAGCACGUCUAGCAACAUCGAGGAUGACACGUCCGAGCAACGGCGGUCCUUCAACGGGACGAACCCCUCCAGUGAGAGCCAGCCGUCGACGGAGACCAGAAGCGAGGACCAGGUCAAAAGGGCAAAUCGACGCAGUGAACAGCGCCAGCAAAGGGGGCUGAUGCAGUGGAAACCGGCGCGGAACGUGGCAUUUGCACGCGACGAGGCCGUGUUUGCGCUUCGCAAAGUCCGACACCGGUUCACGGGGGAUCUGUCGGGACGUGAGCCGGAUAUUGAGACCGAGAUAGGGAAUUAA